AUGCGAGGAUGCCUGCAAUUAGCCAGAUGGCUGAGCGCGGUGCAGAAAUGCCCAGCUGCAAGCCCUCUCAAGGCGCCAUCCGCCCGUUUUAACUACCUUCGUUCCUUUACCAGCGCCGCCGUUUACCAAUCGGCACGUUCAAGAGCGGCCGCUGCCAAACCCGUUUCCGACCUUGAACAGAGAAUCGCCGCCAUCCCGAUCGACCGAUACCGCAAUUUCUGUAUCGUUGCUCACGUCGACCAUGGCAAGAGCACGUUGUCCGACCGAAUGCUGGAACUGACGGGGACCAUCCAGCCGGGAACUAACAAGCAAGUGUUGGAUAAGUUGGACGUCGAGCGGGAACGUGGAAUCACCGUCAAGGCGCAGACAUGCACCAUGAUCUACAAUCACAACGGGGAGGACUACUUGUUGCAUCUUGUCGAUACGCCGGGCCACGUCGACUUCCGCGCGGAGGUCUCACGGAGUUACGCCAGUUGCGGAGGCGCAUUGCUGCUGGUCGAUGCGAGCCAGGGUAUCCAGGCGCAGACCGUGGCAAACUUCUAUCUGGCUUUCGCGCAGGGAUUGGAAUUGAUUCCUGUCAUCAACAAGGUGGAUCUGCCGUCCGCCGAUCCCGAGCGGGCCCUCGAACAGAUGAGAACAUCCUUCGAAAUCGACACCGAAAACGCCGUGGGAGUUUCGGCCAAAACCGGUCUGAAUGUGGCAAAGCUGCUACCGACUGUGGUCGAGAAGAUUCCAGCGCCGAUUGGCGAUUCCAAAAAACCCCUCCGAAUGCUCCUGGUCGACUCCUGGUACGAUACUUACAAGGGCGUUAUCUGCCUGGUCCGUGUGUUCGAUGGCGAGAUUCGAGCCGGGGAUCAGCUUGUGUCCUUUGCGACUGGGAUUAAAUAUUUCGUGGGCGAGGUGGGAAUCAUGUAUCCGCUUGAGACUUCGCAGACUGUCAUUCGUGCUGGCCAGGUGGGAUAUAUCUUCUUCAACCCCGGCAUGAAACGCAGCAAAGAAGCCAAGAUCGGCGACACAUACACCAAGAUUGGGUCCGAAAAGGCCGUGGAACCGCUUCCCGGUUUCGAGGAACCGAAGGCAAUGGUUUUCGUGGCUGCGUAUCCCAUGGAUGCGGAUCAUUUCGAGCAUCUGGAGGACAGCAUUAACCAGCUGAUGCUGAAUGACAGGAGUAUUACGGUGCAAAAGGAGUCUUCCGAGGCCCUUGGUGCGGGCUUCCGACUGGGGUUCCUAGGAACCCUACAUUGCUCGGUGUUUGAGGACCGCCUUCGUCAGGAACAUGGCGCUAGCAUCAUCAUCACCCCACCUUCCGUACCCGUGAAGGUGCUCUGGAAGGACGGCAGGGAAGAGAUCAUUACUAGCCCGGCUCGUUUCCCCGAUGAGGAUGACGUGCGCACGAAAAUCGCGGAACUACAAGAGCCAUACGUCCUAGCUACUUUGACCUUCCCAGACGAAUAUCUGGGGAAGGUGAUCGAACUCUGCGAAUCCAACCGAGGCGUGCAGAAGAGCAUUGAAUAUUUCACGGCGACCCAGGUAAUUCUCAAGUACGACAUACCGUUGGCGCAACUGGUCGAUGACUUCUUUGGCAAGCUGAAGGGAGGUACCAAGGGAUAUGCCUCACUGGACUACGAGGAGUCUGCUUGGCAACCCAGCAACAUUGUUAAGCUCCAGCUCCUGGUCAACAAGGCCCCAGUGGAUGCGGUUGCACGUAUCGUCCACUACAGUCAGAUUGAACGACUUGGAAGACAGUGGGUGACCAAGUUCAAGCAGCACGUCGACCGGCAGCUGUUCGAGGUCAUCAUUCAAGCUGCCGUUGGGCGCAAGGUUGUGGCGCGUGAGACGGUCAAGCCGUACCGCAAGGACGUUCUUGCCAAGCUCCAUGCAAGUGAUGUCAGUCGACGGAGGAAAUUGCUGGAGAAACAGAAAGAGGGACGCAAGAAGCUCCGCGCGGUCGGAAACGUGGUGAUUGAACAUAAAGCAUUCCAGGCUUUCCUGGCCAAGUAG